AUGUCCAGCCGCAUACCCGCCAAAAAGAGCCAGAAGGAAUCUCCAUCGGUGGCGGACAUGCUCACCUCACAGUGGCCUGCACCACGAGGCAUGCCUGCGGCCUCCAGCUCAUCCAGGUCGGAACAGCGGAACCUUCCCCAAGCAAAUGGCAGCGAGCAGCGCAUGGAGCAUGUUGUCACAGCUCAUAACACUGCCACAACCCUUACCAAUAGUCUACUCCACAGGAUCACCAACCUAGAGCUGGAACUAGAGGAUGUCUCUAACCGAUCGCGGCGCAGCAACUUGCGCAUCCGAGGCCUACCAGAAACCGUAGAAGAUGCAGACCUGGAAAAGGCCCUGCUUCCGACAAAAAACUGCCAGAUAUCCCAGAACACCUCUGGCUGGUAG